GUUCUCCGCAACCAGCUGCGAUGUGCAUUUGAUAGCACCUAGAGCUGGUCCACAGUCACAUAUCCAUUCAUCAUUAGCUUCAGCAGGGUAUAACAGCUCGUUUUCAGCACAACGACCAGGAACAAAUAAGGGCAUCCUUUCCUAAAGUAAAGAAAUAUUUUUAACAAAGGUUUUUAAUGUUGUCAUCGCAAAUUAUUCCUGGAAUUAUUGUGUUGAAUUUGAAAAUUGGUUAAUUUUUUGUUCAAUACGUUUCCUGUGAUUAACACUUAUUAGGACUAGGAAGGAAGUGUUUAAAUUUUAUGGCACCCAAAUGUAGUAGGUAAAUUUCACCAAAAAUUAUUGAAUCUGAUGAGUAGGUAUAUAAAUAAGUAGUUAUGAAAUUUAGAUAUUCGUAAUCAGUCAAAAUGCACUCGUUACCGGUUGCAUUAGCACUGUUCAUGAUUAUGGUUUUUCUCGUGAAUGUUUACGGAGAUGUUGCAUCUGAUCUUCAAAACUUGGGUCAAAAAUUUUCCGGGCAAGUCCAGCAAUGGGGACAACAAGCUGCAGGUCAAGCUCAGCAACUCGGAGAACAAGCUUUGGAUGCUGCUUCCAAAUUAGCGCAAAAUUUAAAUGGCCCACUUCCAACCGGUAAAUAAAUGUUUCUGCAAUAAUCUAAGACAAUUUAUUGAUUAAUCCAAAUAUAAUACUUAAUAAAUAUGUAGCUACUUACGCUAGAAUCCUUUUUUAUUCUUUGAAUUUCCAAAUUCGGAAAGCUAUUGACUAUCCGAAUUCCUUGCAUAAAUGUUGUCAGCAAUAGUAAGUUCCACAGUUUUUGUUCCAUUUGACAAGGUUUUCUAAAAGUUAAAGAAACCUUUUCGGUUCAAGAAUCUGGUUACUUUAAAUUACUUACCUAUUUAGCAUACAAAACAUUAUUAACGAGCUUAACCAAAAAAUAUGAUAAUUCUAUAAGACAGACACUUUGUGACCUAAAUGCCGUUUUAGCAUUUUUGUUUCAUUUUGCGCGAGAGACUUGAAGGAAGAAAUGCACCAAAACGAGUUUGGUUGGUCAGAAGAUGACCGCCGAUACAGAGAUGGAUUCAACAUACAAGGCCAAGAUUUAAUUUGAAUGUCAACUUUAAGUUUACUUAUUUAAUUUGCAGAGAAAAUCGGGAUGAAUUUUUCGCCAUACCUACAUAGACGCUGAAGAAAUUUUAAUUUGUGAUAAUUUUUGAGCUUAGAAAAGCAAUAUGGGUAAAUGAGUCAGCUAUCAUUAUUAAGUCAGUACCUAGGUAACCAUUAUUUUUACUUUAUUAGAGAACAAACAGG